GCAAUUGUCGUCCAGCUGCUGAGAGCCCUCCUUAGCUUGUGACUGAUAUUUUAACCAGGAAGCUUGACUCUUGGAGAGAAGUGACUGAUACAAAGCAUGGUUAAUAGAGCUGAGUGCAAUUGAGAACGCGUGUUUUUGCUUUGCUUUACUUUGAUUCUUUUUUAGGUUUUGGUCUGUCUUUGCUGACCGUAUUUGUCGCCUCCUUGCCUCAGAGAGCUUGGAUGGUGCUCUCAUGGCACGUAUUCUUGCAGCCUGUGCUCGCUGGAAGAGAAGAUGCGACGCAAAUGCCAAAUGGGGGCAUAUGCUCAGAGAAGUGGGAGGGAAAUUGGCAGAGGAGCUUGAUCUGCUUGGAUUGCCAGAGGUUGUUGCAUUAGCAAAGGAUGCUGCACAACUUGGGGAACCACAAGUGAGGCUCGCAUCUGCAAUAGGCCAUCGGGUUGGCGUUACAGAGGAGGAGAUUGCCUUGAGCUCUCAAGACAUGAUUGAUCUAAUUGGCGCUUCUGGCCAGUUGGGUGGAAAAUUGCACAUGAUGACUCGAGCUCUGGCAGACCGAUUGGAGCCAAGGACAGCGAUGCUGCCAAACAAGUCGUUGGUUCAGCUUUGCAGUCAUCUUGGUGCUCUGAACAUGUUUCCGCAUCGCCUUGCCGCAGCACUGGACACAGUGCUGUCUCAACGUGACUGCGGUCAGUUCCCUGUAGAGGAUCGUCUCAGGCUACUGCAAGCAUUCGGGCGUCUGCGGUGGCGUUCGCCAGCUGUUCUGUCACCCUUGCUGGAGAGCUUCUCAGCUUCCGUGUUAGACGGCCUGGGAGUGGAAUCACUGGGGGGGAUUAUCUACGAGCUCUACAGACUCGACAUAUGGGAUGAAAAUCUUGCCAAUGCAGUGUGCUCCAGGUUGCACAAGAUUUUGGUGCAAAAUGGAGUUGGACAUUCUCACGUGGAUAUUUUGUCUGGCAAGACUGCAGCCAACUUGUUGCUCGCUCUGAGCUACUUUGCCGUGUCGGAGAAAGAGCUUCAACGAAGGCUUGUUCAGGAGCUCCUGCGAUCCAAUAAAGUUCCUCAAGAGGCGCUUUAUCAACUCAAGACCUUCGAAAUGGCAGUGCGUUUGGGGCACACCUCUGUGACAUUGAAAGAUCUUGGUGGCCUUGCUGCUCGAUGGCUCUUCAGUGUGCGGGGAGCUUCUGGCAUCCCAGAACCACGGGGCGAGUCUGCAUUUGCAGAGGAGGUCUCCAACGUGGCGAAGAACAUCUCAUGGCAUCAUCAAGCUGAAGUCGAAGUGGGACCGUAUUUAUUGGAUUUUGCUGCUGUGAGCAGAGAUGGAUAUGAGGAACCAGAUGGAUGGGAUGAAUCCAAGCCUGGCCGUUCGCUGGCAAGAUUUUGUGUGGCAGUUGAGGCCGAUGGGCCGAGUCAUUUCUACAGGCCUCAUGGACGCCCUUGGCACUGGACGUCUACAUCCAAGUUGCGGCACCGCUUGCUGUCUGCUAUGCGAAUCCGCGUGGCGCAUGUGCCCUUCUACGACUGGUUACAGCUUGAAGGACUUGCUCAGAAAGAGGCAUACCUGAUGGAGCUGCUGCUGAAAGCACAUAGCACAGAAUUUGCUUCACUGAGCAUAGAUCCAAGAGCAGGAAAUGCUCGUGGACCUGAGCAGAGAGCAUUGAGAUGAGGAGCCCAUAUCGUUGAGAGCUCUCGGCAAGAUCAUGUGGACACUGACAACUGCAUAGAGUUCAAUAGGUCAACGCUUGGUGGAGGCGGCUACCUCUGAGGCACGGGAAAUGAAGAGGCCUACUUGUGAUUGGCGCUGGGUGUAUGGCACUGCAUGGCUGCUAUGGCUGCUUUCAAGGGAUUUGACGAAAUGGCGAACACCUGGAGGACCAGGCUACUUGAAAAUCGCCGCCGGCCGGCUAUAUAUGCGCCGUUCGAUGACUGGAGUGAUGAAGACUGAACGAGAACAUGCCCCCUGCCAUGGUUGAGAGUCCUUCAUGGUUAGUUGGCCUAGUGAAGCAGAGGAUUUGGGCUGUGCGAGACAUUUCAUAGCUUCAAAAAGUCUUGCCGCAGCUGCCUGGUUUGCUUGUUUUGUCAGUUGCAGUUCUGUGAGAAAUCAACCAACAGCAGUUCAAAAGCUUUUUUGUUUAUGUGCCGAG